AUGCAUAUGGUCUCCAAGCUCCUGGCCCUGGCGGCGGCGGGUGCGUUGGGGACACAUGCCCUGGAGACCUCGAUAUUCACUUUCCCCUCGAACGAACACAAGCAAGGGGACACUAGUCUGGAACACCGAACAGUACCAGAAGAUGUCGCUCAACUGAUCUUGGAGCUUCGCACCCAGUCUUCCUUGCAGUCUGUCCUAGGGAAGGUCGAAGCAGACAUCGUGGAUCGCAUCAACGAGUUUUCUGGCGCUCAAUCCUCUCUGUUUGGUGGAUAUGAUAGCCAUGGCACGCCAGGAAGAAGCAUGAUUCUUGUUGAGGGAGUCAAUGAAGCUGUUGGCUCGAACAUUCGAAACGCACAAUCACAAAGUAUACACGUUUUGCAUGCGUCGCCGAAGCUGGUGGAUGAUUCCCUCGGCUCGCAGUUGGACAAUGGAGACAUGAAAAACCGCUGCACUUCUCGCCAAGCCGAUGCAGUGUCGGGGCCAGAAUCCGUUCAGUCUGCGGAAGACUGUAUCUCUCAAGAUCCAGUGCUCGCCCAAUCACUAAUCUUACACAGUCGCGAGUUUCUCAACCUACUCGACUCGGUAGAAGUAUGGUCGAGCAAGGACCAAACCACGACUGCCUCGAGGCUUUCGCUCAAGGCGAGAUCCAACGACAACGUGCUUGUAACCAAAUACCUCGAGUCUCUCUUCCAUGACCUGAACAAUGUAGCUUCGUCAGAAAGCCGCAAGAUCACUGCCUUGAUGGUCCCCGCGGCCGAAGCCUCCCGAGACUUUGCCAAAAUCUCCCGGCGAGACACCGGACUGCUGCCUCGGUCAUCUGCAUCUGAUCCACAGAGCACUCUGCAAACGUCCGCACAGGACCUGACUCUGUCCUCUUCGCUACUUGCACCGGUCUGUCACGCCUCUAACUCGUCGUGCUCCGAUGCAACCAGCAACUGUUCUGGCCAUGGUCAUUGCUAUCUCAAGUCCUCGUCUGGGGACGCGCAAUGCUUUGCUUGCCGUUGCCAAGCAACGGUGCGUACGAAAGGUGACGGUUCGAAGCAAAAGAUCUACUGGGGCGGUCCAGCUUGCCAGAAGGAAGACAUCAGCUCGCCUUUCUUCUUGAUUGCCGGUGUGAGCAUCCUGGCUAUCGUCCUAGCAAGCAGCGCGGUGGGGAUGCUUUUCAGCAUGGGCCAGCAAGAACUUCCUAGUGUGAUCGGGGCCGGGGUGGGGGGCUCGAAAGCACCCGCGUGA